AUGCAUACCUCAACUCUUAUCUACUUGUCCCUUGCUCUCACAUCCAACGCCUUUCCUCUGGCUCGUCGGUCUUCAUCUGCCACAGCCCAGCCCUCUACAUACCAGCGUCGAAGUGCAGAUUACGAUGUUGUGAACGUUGGAGGUGCUCCGGGCGCUCCCCAGCCUGCAGAAACGGUCAUCGAAACCGUGACUGCUCCGGGUGCUCCUCCGCAGACUGUGACUGUUUCUGUGCCUCAAACCCCCACUUACUCGCCUACCUCCUCGGUACCAUGGGGCAGUAGCUCUUCUGCGUACCCAACAUCAGCACCUAGCUUGUUUGCGCGCAACUGGGAGAGCACUUCAUCCCCGGUGAGCAGCUCUUCAAGCUUCCUGUAUGCGCGCAACUGGGAAAGCACUUCAUCGCCAGCCAGCUCCUCAGCGUAUCCCACUGGUACNUUAUAUGCACGCAACUGGGAGAGCACUUCAUCCCCGGUGAGCAGCUCUUCAAGCUUCCUGUAUGCGCGCAACUGGGAAAGCACUUCAUCGCCAGCCAGCUCCUCAGCGUAUCCCACUGGUACCUUAUAUGCGCGCAACUGGGAGAGUACCUCAUCCCCGGUCAGCUCUUCUGCGUACCCUACAUCAGCCUCUAGCAACCUAUAUGCGCGGGCUUUGGAGAGUAGCUCCUACCCAGCCAGCAGCUCUUCUAGCUUAUAUGCGCGCAACUUGGAGGGCACUUCAUCUCCGGCUAGCUCUUCUGCCUACGCAACUGCGACUCCUGUCCCUGCCUACAUUGCGCGCGGCUUUGAGACUACAUACCCUGCUUCCAGUUCUUCUGCCUCCUUGUUUGCGCGCGCCUGGGAAACUUCCAGCACAUACCCGGCUAGCAGCUCUUCCGCCUACGCAACUACGACUGCUGCCCCUUCUGGCUUUAAGCUUGCACGCGCCUUGGAGAGCACCAGCACCUUACCCGUCAGCAGCUCUUCUGUCUCUUUAGUUCCCAGUGAGACGGCAGUUCCUUCUGGGUUCACAGCCAUGGACAGACUCGCACGUGCCCUGGGAAAUUCCAUGAACGUUCACCGACGAGCCCAUGAUGGGGACGCUGCCUUGGCUUACGCUCAGCUAGGUGCUUAA